CUGACAUGAGAUCAUCGCCGGCGGCGGCAGCGGCAGCAUGGCCUCUGCCAGGAGCGUCGGCCGCGCCGGGCCGAGGGAGGAGGAGGCCAACGGGGACCUGGACCGCUCCCUGCAGCAGAUGCUGCGGGCGAUAGCGGAGGAGCGGAGCCGCGCCGGCCUCCGCCAGGAGAUCAGCGGCCUCGGGUGUUUCAAAGAUGACCGCAUUGUGUUCUGGACUUGGAUGUUUUCAACUUAUUUUAUGGAGAAAUGGGCCCCCCGGCAAGACGAUAUGCUCUUCUAUGUCCGGCGAAAGCUGUCCUAUGUCAGUGGUGAUAGUACAGAGGGGAAAAAGCAGAUUGAAGUUGAAGUUUACCGGAGAGAUUCUAAGAAACUUCCUGGCCUGGGAGACCCUGACAUUGACUGGGAAGAGAGUGUCUACCUGAACCUCAUCCUACAGAAGCUGGAUUAUGUGGUGACGUGUGCUGUGUGCACACGCUCCGAUGGAGGAGACAUUCACAUUCACAAAAAGAAAUCUCAGCAAGUGUUUGCAUCUCCUAGCAAACAUCCAAUGGACAGCAAAGGCGAGGAGUCAAAGAUCAGCUACCCCAACAUAUUCUUCAUGAUUGACAGUUUUGAAGAGGUUUUCAGUGACAUGACUGUGGGAGAAGGAGAAAUGGUCUGUGUGGAGCUGGUGGCCAGUGACAAAAGCAACACCUUCCAAGGCGUGAUUUUUCAGGGGUCCAUCCGCUAUGAAGCACUCAAGAAAGUCUAUGACAACAGGGUGAGUGUUGCAGCUAAGAUGGCUCAAAGAAUGUCUUUUGGCUUUUAUAAAUACAACAACAUGGAGUUUGUCCGAAUGAAAGGGCCACAAGGGAAAGGACAUGCAGAGAUGGCAGUGAGUAGAGUUUCUACGGGUGACACUUCACCAUAUGGGACUGAAGAAGAUUCAAAUCCAGAAUCCCCAGUGCAUGAGAGAGUCACUUCUUUCAGCACACCGCCAACCCCAGAGCGCAACAACCGCCCAUCCUUUUUCUCCCCAUCCCUCAAGAGAAAAGUGCCCCGGAAUCGAAUUGCUGAGAUGAAAAAAUCCCACUCAGCAAAUGACAGUGAGGAGUUCUUCAGAGAUGACGAUGGUGGAGAUCUGCACAACGCGACAAAUCUACGGUCGCGGUCCUUAUCUGGAACGGGACGAUCUCUGGUGGGCUCUUGGCUGAAGCUGAACAGAACAGAUGAAAACUUUCUACUCUAUGCACACUUGACUUACAUCACUUUGCCAUUGCAUCGAAUUUUAACAGAUAUCCUGGAAGUGCGGCAGAAACCAAUUCUGAUGACAUAGCAGAGAGCGGGCACUGCCUUGGAGCCUUGUUGCCAAGUGCCUAACCACAGCGGUUUUCUGUGCUAACACUACCAUCUAGUGUCAGGAACAUAAACCUCCGCAGGAAAAAGGGAAGUCCAAGAAUACCAGCCGAUCAAAAAGUGCCUCUUUCUUCCUUCCUCUGCUGUCGCACACCGUAUGCACACUUGUAGUCCAUCGCUCGAGUGUUUCUGACUGGAGGAGGACUUUCAGCAAGAUACCACGAGAAGGGGCAGUGUUUAAAAACAAGUCAGCGCUUUAUGGACAGUUUGUUACUGUGUUUACUUUCUAAGAAACCAACAAUAUGUACGCAACGUGUUAAACUUUAUAUUCUUUGAGAGAAACAACCAGAGAAUUUCAUAAUGAUGAAACGUCGUUCCAUACCCAUACACUCUUCUUGUUGGUUUGGCUUAAUGUGUGUGUGAGCGUGUGUGCACAAGUGUGGGGAUCGAAGGGACAGGAGAAUAAUUCCCUGCUGAGGGAGGAAAAGGAAAAAAGAUGCUACAAAGAUACAUUGCCAUUUUGGUACUUGCAGCGGGUCACUUCAAAGCUAAAAAGAGUUAUGGAAAUGUUCCCAUUUGUUUGUGUGUCAGUGUUAGGACAGGUGAACUCCGCUGACAGAUUUCCAUAUUUACCAAAGAACAGCAACAUUUUCAUCCUCAAGAACUGGCUAAGCAAAUGAGCCAGUGAAAAGAAGGCUAAAAUGUGCUGCUACAGUAAAGCUGAGGUUCAUAUCCUGAACUAAUGCUGCUUAUUUCUGUUUGCUGAGUUGACACGAGUUUGAGUCUAGAGUGGAAAAAUUGAAGGCUGUAAUUGGACUCCAGAACCUAAAAACCUUACCAAUAGCAUGCACUGGACUUCAGACUAUCUAGAGUCAUCCUUACUGUAGCGUUUGUAGCCAAGGAGGGCAUGAGAGCAGCUUGCCUGGAUUCUUCUUCUCCUGGUGGUGUUCUGCUGUACUGUUCCGUACGGAAGUGUGGAGGUUUUCCAGGGAGACAAAAGACUGAAAUGUAAUUCUGCUCUGAAAAGUGACUAAAAAUAGCAUAGUGGAAGGUCUGAAAACUGUGUGUCAGGACCUCUCAGGAAAUAAGCUUUAUGUUUACAGGUAAAAUAGAGCUUUCUCUAAAUAGCAAAACUCUUCUGUCCUUGGUAUUUGAAAGCUAAAUGAUUGAAUACUGAGACUACUGCAGUCUGGUUCACUGUUUUGAUAUAGGAGCCAGUCAAUAGUUCAGUUUAUUUAUGACUGCAUAACUGGCAUAGCAAAGAGUGGGGUAGCAUGUCACUUAGAGUGUGUGAUGCUUCAAUAUGCACAGGGAGAGAGUGAAGAAUGCCAUUUUUGUCACUUUUCAGACUCUGAGCACGUAAAAUUAACACUGUUGCCACAGUCAUCAAAUGGCUUGUGCUCUGAGCCUGGACCUUUUGUCUUCCUCAUAGCUGGCUUUUCCCAAAGUGCUUUGUUGUAUUCUCUCACUAGCAUCUGAUGAGUUAACCUCUCAAAUAGGACUUUCUGCUUUUUUUCCUCAGGACAGGUUUCAUGGGAAUAGUGCCACGUCAUCAUAAAGUUAGACUAACUAUAUCAUUCAGCCCAACAUGGUGAAUCCAGCAUGGUAAGGAGGUCUUUUUAUUAUUUUUUUUUAAUUAUUUGAGGCUAGGCUUGGAAGCAGUCACCCUAGUGCAGGGUGGUGGCAAUUCUAACAAUGACAGCAUGAGUGCAUGACAGAGCUGGCUGACCAGUUUUUAGUUUGUUUCACGUCUGUUGCAACAGCAUUAGGAAAAAAGUUAACUUUGCCAUUACCAGCACAGCCACUUUUCACCUUGCAGUCUUUGCACUUUGCUUCACGGGGGAGUGUGCUGUUGUGCCUGUGUGUUGAGGGUGUUCACAUGGUCUAACCUGAGGCACAUUUCCUUGCUGAACAGGGGAAGAGUAAGAGUCCUGAAUCAGCAGCUGAAGUGGCCUCUCAAAAACUUGCUAGGCAGCUGAGAUGCUUACCUGAGGUCUCCAGGUUGUGUGCCUAAUGUCACUUAGUACAAAUAUUUUCUCCCCUAUGCUCGUGCUAAACUGCUCUUCAACUAGAAGACCAGUCCUACUCUGAAGCUUCUCAAGAUGCUCCUUACUGGGCACUUUCAUGCUGCUGGGCUGGGCAAAUCAGUGCUCAGAUUUUCUUAAUGUAUUCAUUGGAGAAAGAAGGGAGAGAGGGUUAAUAUUUGUACUCUUAUUGACAACUGAUACUUUUCAAGCAGACAGAGGAAUAACACAUGUGAAAAGGAAAUGUAUCCAGAUUGGAACCCCAGUGGUAGGUGCCUAAAUACUGCUCAGUUGACAGUAAUUUGUUGUGCUUUCCUGGUAUUGUGUAUUACAUUUAAGUAGUUUAAUGUCAUGUGAUCUGAAAGACCAAGCAAAUCUUGCUGUGUAAGAUAUCAGAGCAAAUGAAGAAUGAUGCUAAACUAGAAUGUUAAUAUAAAGGCAACAUUUCAGACAGUUCAGAACCCACAUCUAUUAUGCAGGAGGCAUAAUUAUUGUCUGCUUUGUUACAUGUAUGUGGGUGGAUUUUAAUGUCUGGUCUUUGAGGGGAUGCGAUGUAAAUGUCCUAAUAAUAAAAGUCAACUGAUUUAUUGUAUCCUGCUAGUGGAUAUGCUAUAGGUAUGUUGAAAACUCACCUUUUUUAGUAUAAAAGGGCUACAUGAAUGCCCAGAUGGACAUCCACUGAAAACUGAAUUCAAAAAGACAACUGAAUGUCAAAAGUGCUUUUUGGAAAGCAAGUAGAUGUGCCAGAUUCGCAGUUACUCCUUUUCUAAACAACUCACUUAGACUCCCUAUGUGUAGCCCCUGCUACCCACUUUGUUAUCAAGUGAGGAAAGCAAAUUCUGCAUUUUGUUUUCCUCUUAAACAUACUCUUGAAAUAAUAAUUUACUAUCCUUGUAGAUACAGAAUUACAAGGAAGGUGGUCAGAGUUUUGCUUGGGGCAUGAGGGUGGAGCUGGGCCCUUAAUAUGCUAUUGCACUAUACCAAAAAAAAAAAGAAAAGAAAAGGGAAUGUUAAUAGGAACCUCUCACCCUUUUAAUUCGGAGGGGUUUUAAUUCUGUAGCUCCUAAGCAGUAAAUCAUUUUGAGCUUCUCUUGGCCAUUUAAAUAAUUGCUGAGGAAUGAACUGGCAUGUUCUGCAUGCCAUAGAGGCUGUAUGACUGUCGAUGUCUUAGCUGUUGGAACACAGUGGUUUUCAUUAGUUAUGUUGAUGCUUGAGAAAGCAGCAUGGUCAACAGAUUUGAGAAGCUUUGCAGAACAGGUUUAUUUAUAGACUCCCACCAUACCUCAUUACUCAGUUAACUUCUUCCAUCCUUCUGCCCAUUCGCUCCCUCUGGAGAUGGAGGCUUACCACUUGAACUAUCCGUAGAAGAUGUAUAUUAAUAGAUGUCAAAUGCAAGGAUAUAAAUCUUUUCACCCUUAGCAGGUUUUUCACUGCUGUACAUUUAGCAACUAAAAAGCCUUUGUUUUUUAAAGAAAGCUCUUAAAUCAGUUAUUUUGUAUUAGCAGAUUAUUGCUCUGCCUUAGAGAGAAAUGUGUAGGGGAAAUCACUCUCUUAUUGCCAACCAGCACAGGCUGGGUUCCAAGUCUCCUUGUAAAAGAAGAAGCCAUUUUUAGAAAUGCCACAAAUCUUUCAGCUGUCUUGGCUAAUCCUGUUUGUAUGAGUUCAUGCUCCUUCUCGUUUUAUUCUCCUGGUCCUCAUUGUUUACAAAGCUUGUGCAUGAUGGACUCUAGAUUGCUUUUACUCAGUUUUCUAGUUCUGGGCACAGAGUGCUUCUGCUUUCCUGAAAAGAGAAUUCUUUGCACAGGUGACUUUUUGCAGUAGAGUGGUUUUGCCAUAGUAUAUUCUUCCACCAGGUUUUAAUUUACACAGUGAAGUCCCUGGCUCUGCAGACGUAUUUCUUCUGGCAGCCCCUCAUGUGCAGUAUUCCAUCUGGUCACUGAAGUUCUGUAUGGAUGUAAUGUGGAGUCCACAUAAAUACUCUACACUUUUAGACUAUUGACCUGCUUCUUGCCAAGCAUUAAUUUUUCCCUUUCCACAUUCUGGCUUGUCCUGUAUUUUUCAGUCUAAAGCCUCCCCUUAUUAAAGAUAGAUAUAAAAUAAAAUCUUCAAAAGUGCCUAAGCCCUGUUACUCAGUGGGGUUUAAGAACAAAUUUUUAUUUAGGAAAUGAAUGGAGUAGUUUUAAAUUCUGUCUAUGUUGUGUGUAGCAGCAUCAAGAAAUUACAAGCUUAUAGUUCUUGGAAGAACAGGCCAUCUCCUACAGACUCACCUUUUUUGUUUGAAAGACUCUCAUGGUCUCCAGAGGUCAUGGCUGAAAGCUCUGGAAAAUGGGUUUCUUGUGAUCACAGCAGUAGGAUAUCUGUGAACGCCUUAUCUUGUUUUGUGAGGUAUGACUGAAAGUGUGGUGCUGGUGUGAAAAAGUUCUGUGUUAGAAUCCACUUAAAGGCAUAGUGAAGUAAGUAGCUGUUACACCAAACCUGAAAUGACAGAGUAUUUUACAUCAGAAUGUAUCUGUUUGGAUGCUUGGUAAAGAUAAUACAAGGCUGCAAGAAGGUUAUGAUGUUGAACGUUCACUAUGUAAAUAUAUAAAUAUUCUGAGCCUAAUUUUACCAGACUAACACAUGUUGCAUGGUUUGGGCUUUUUUUUGCCUCAUUGAUCAUCGGUAUUGAUUAAAAGGUGAUAGGUUGAAAGUCAUGCUGGCACUGUACAGAGCCCUUUGAACAAAGAGCAAGGAGAACCUUUGUGCACCAAUAAUGGAGCUGACUUUGCAUAUGGCAGCAGUGAGGAAAGUGUUGGACCCUGCAGCCAAUAAACAGACCUCUUAAACAA